CUCCUGUAGGCAGUGAAAAGAGAAUGACUGUGUUGGGAUGUCCUUAUUUAGUCAAUGAGGAGGAACAGCACUCAUUCUAGACCCUCUUUGGAGCACUGAUAGAGGUGAACAGUCAGUGAGCAGUCUAUGAGGGAACAGGCAUAGCCCACUGCUCACUGUGGGCCGUCUGGGAAAUUUUAUAGAAUGUUAUUUUAGCUUUUUUGUUUCUUUUUCAACACUUUUUUUUCCACUUCUUACAUCCCCUCUGCUGUUUUUUUCCUCUCUCUCUCUCUUUUAAUUCCUGAAAGUUGGAUAUCGUCAGAUUUGGAAAAUAAUGGUUCUGCGUUUAGAACUCCUUCCCUGGACUUAAGAUGACACCCCAACAGAAUAACAACCAGCACCUGAAGGAAGACCAUGAUGAAGUAAGGGCAAGAAUACAAGAGAGAGAGAAGAAGAUGAAGACGACCAUACAGAGAAGACGCUCUGCCCCUUCAGCCAUCACUAAGGCCCUCAGCAAAUCCAGAACAUCAAGCAGAGAUGGGCAUCUCUUGACAGUCCCCUCCAACAAUGGCUCUUUCAUCCAGGCCUUUACAUCCCAGACAUCAACUUUCAUCAUGGAGGAACAUGUUCACCUCACCACAGGCCUACAGACUCAAGAGAGGCACCUCUUCCUUUUCAGUGACAUCCUUAUUAUAGCCAAGUCAAAGUCCUCAUCUAACCUAAAGCUGAAACAUCAGGUGCGUCUCUCUGAGAUGUGGAUUGCAUCUUGCAUGGAUGAGGUAGCAGAGAGGAAGCUGAGCCUAAAGAACUCCUUCGUCAUCGGCUGGCCAACCACAAAUUAUGUGGUUACACUAAGCUCCUCUGAAGCUAAAGAGAAAUGGCUUUCAACUCUGCAAUGGCAGAUCAACGAAAUGAAACAAGACGAGUAUCCAAAGAAAAUAGCCAUGAAAAUAAUGCUUUUGGAUGUUGGAAACUGCACAUCUACAACAACCAUAGAUGUGAGCAAUAAAGAUACAGUGGAAAAAGUGAUAAUGAUCGCCAUACAGCAGCUUGGAUUUUUGGGCAGGCCGACUGAUUACCAUCUCUGGGUAAUUUCAGGGAAAGAGGAAGCCCCAUACCCUCUCAUUGGCCAUGAGUACCCAUUUAGUAUUAUAAUGAACUGCGUGCGGGAGUCUGUGGACCAGUGCUACCUGGCCAACAACAACAUCAUAACACCAGAUGGGACACUUCUACCAGAGCAGAUCCCCAAGGAUCAGCAGUGCCAGUUCAUUCUGAAGCCCAGAAAGGCAGUACGUACCCACAUAAGGACAGAUUACUUUCAAAAACACUUCAAAAGAAAAAAGUCCCUAAUAGACUGGGCUCUGAGGAGAGGAAAUACCAGCCACUCAAGCAGCCAAGGAGAAUCCCCAAGCACUCCCCGAAAGCUCUUCGGUCACUCCCUGUCCACAAUCUGUCAAAAUGGAAACCUUCCAAAACCCAUCAUGGACAUGCUCUGCUUGCUGUACUAUGAAGGUUCAACAACUAAGGGAAUCUUCAGACGUUCAGCAAAUGCCAAAACAUGCAAAGAGUUAAAAGAAAGACUUAAUUCAGGGGGCAGUGUCCAAGUGGAAGGGGAGUCUGUAUUUGUGGCUGCAGCUGUCAUCACUGAUUUUCUGCGUAAUAUCCCUGGCAGUGUCCUCUCAACAGAAUUGUAUGAAAAGUGGAUGGAAGUCAUAGAGAUUGAAGAGCACGAUGAUAAGAUUGAGGCCAUGAAAAGAUUGGUAGACCAUUUGCCAGAAGCAAAUGUCACCUUACUCCGUCACCUUUUCGGCCUGCUUCACCAUAUAGAGAAGAAGUCAGAGGAGAACCAAAUGACUGCCUUCAAUCUGGCCCUUUGUAUUGCUCCCAACAUGCUGUGGCUCCCAGUACCUGCAGGCCCUGAGGAAGAGAGCAAAUCCACCAGAAAGGUGGCAUCACUAGUGCAGCUCUUAAUUGAAAAUUCCCCAACUAUUUUUGGAGAUGACAUUAUGUCUCUGUUCAAAAAUAUAAACAAGAAGCAGAGAGAGAGCUCGGGGGAUACCAUAGAUGGGGAUACUUUGCAGCAGCAGUACUCUUCUGAUGAAUUUGAUUCUGAACAAGAGAGGCAGAAACUACUACAUGGUCAGGAAAGGAACUCUUACUUCUUGCCCUUAAAUGAUUUGGUACUGAAGGAGGAUAAGGAGGGCUGGGGGCUUUUGGACGCAAUUGACACAUAUAAAAAGGAAGUCCUAACCGAGGACAGUGCUUACAGCUGUGAAAACUUAGAUGAUGCGUCUUUCCAUUCCACUGGGUCCAUCUGCUGUUUGGGCACCACACAGAGUAUUCAGUCUGCUAGAGACCGCUGUUCUUCAGAACCCAGUGUGUGUAUCAGUUCCCAGCCCCUCACUCGGUUUCAUGCUCCUGUAGCGCGUCAAUCCAGCUGUGACGCAGCCAUGACCCGUGGACAGACAGACUGUUUCCAGCACAUGCAGAAGCUGAGGAUAGAGAGUUCCAAAGUUUCAGAAGGAGACUGCAGCCCUAAGCUGAACAGCAAGUCCAAAUACUCCCUUUGGAGGUCACCUCAGAUUGCUUCAAGGAUGAGGCACUUUGGGCCACCUCGGAUGAAUCUGUCCAACAGGUCUAGUUUUUCCAGCUUGUCUUCUACAGCCACAUCACCCUCUGCGUCGUCCUUGAGCUCUCUAGACAGUGCCUUCUCAUACUGUUCCGACUCAGUGUUCAGCCCCAGCGAUGUGUCUUCAUUGCCUUUCCUGUUCGGGACCUCAGCAAAACUUCAGCCACUUUCUCCCGAUACUCCCAGUAAGUUCCCCAAAGAUUGGAGCAUGGCUUUGCCAUCCUCUAUGGCCCGAGAACCUUGCGAUUUGAAGUGGUAUGAUGAAUAUGAUGAAAAGGAUGAAGAGAACAAUAACUGCAGCAGUGAGGCUGAGGAGGCAGCCAAUGUUCAGACCCCUGAGGAAGAACAAAGCAGCUCGGGUAGUCUGAGUGCCUUGAACAUUAACAGUUCUGAGACUGACCAAGACAACAAUUCAGAAAUUGAUGGACAAGAGAUGGAAUCAAGUCUAUCAGAGGGCAGGAAUGAAACAGAUCGGGCGUCUGAGACAUCUAAAACUGGGACAAACAUCCAGCAUAAAGAACUGUCAGUGAAACACAUAAAACUGGUUAGGCCUGAAGGCUCAAUGCCUAAUAAGGAUAAGUUAAAGCGUACAAAAAUUACAUUCUACAUGGCCCCGAGCAAACUGACAGUGAAAAGGCAUUCAGACCACCAUGAGAAAGAACAGCCCAGUAUUUCAGUGAGUGUGUCCAGUGCAAGUGGUGCAGCUGAAGAUAAUGCAGACAAAACAAACCAAACAUUACAGGUCCAUAUCCCACAGAGUGUAUUUUACGGUCAAAAUACACCUUUGGUUUUGCGAUCUGUAUCAACGAGGCAAUCUUUAAAUUCUGAAGAGAAUGAUGGGCAGGCCAAAACUGCUGUCACAGAUGGUCCAGUGGUCAACAUUUCCACAGAACACAGUCCUGAAAUUCAUCCAGUGUCAAAGACUCAUGGCAAAGCUGCCAGCACAAUACGGCAUACAAUUCGGAUAAGGCUUCCAGCUGCUGUCAGAAACACUGUUAAGGAAUAUUUUCAUCACAGUGACCCUAAGAACAGCCACCCAGAUGUAAAAGCUGUGGAAAAAGAAAUAGUAAGAAGCAAAUUGGAAUGGCACAGUAAGAAUUACACAGCCUCACAGCAAGAGACAGUUAGAAAACUAAUGCAUGGAGAAGAAUCUUUUGUUUAAUCAUGCAUCAAGUGUUCUUUUGUAAGCAUCUAUGAAAUGAAUAUGUGAAUUACACCACCGCUUUUGCACAAUGGUUUAUUGUUUGCAUUACUGUAACAGAGAAAAUAUUGUAAGACGUAUAUUAGAUGUGGCAGUGGAUGUUCCAUGCCAAAUGAUGUGCUUAAACAGUGAAUUCUAUAAACACUUAACACUCCUCUGACAAACCUAUGUUUUAUAAAAACAGUCUGCAUACCAAAACAAGUCAUGUAAAUGGUUCUGAAAUAUUUCCUCUGACUCCUUGAUCAAUCCUUUAAUUGUUCUAUCCUUUAUUUGUGUCCAUCUGCAUCACUUAAUUCUAGGAGAGCACUGACACAUAGAGCAUUUUGUUGUCUUAAACAUGAGCUCUCCAGACUUCCCCAUUCAUUUAUGAUAACAUUUGAAGAGGGCAUUUUUUAAUUUUCUAAGGUUAAAUGAAAGACAUUUCCUAAAUGUUAUCAAAUACUUGAAUCUUCAGUUGUAUUAACACUACAUCACAAUCAUAACAACUCUGGUAAAUAUAGUCACAAGUACAAUUUGUCUCUUUCUCUUCAAUGUGAUAUCAGUGGGCAUAUACAUUUUUAUUGCAAAAAGAGCUACAGCAUCUCCAGUUACCCAUGUCAACACAAUAUAUUUACAGCUUUCAGAUAAAUUUGUUAAAUUACACAUCAAUGGCGCCUAAAUCUUUAUAUAAUGAGAUGAGAUCUUUAAGGCAACCGAAAAUAAGCUGGUUGUUGCCUUCUUUGACCUUUGUAAGUAUUUAUGAAGAGUGAGAUGGUGUAUACGGCAGCAUGGUGGUGCAGUGGUUGGUAUUACUUUCUUGCCGUGCUGGGGCCCUGGGUUCAGUUCUGGACCUUGGCUGAUCUUUGUGUGAAGUGUGAAAUUCUCCCCUGUGAUUGUGUGGGUUUCAUCUGGGUGUACCUGUUUCCUCCCACAGUCCAAAUUACCAUACAGGUAGGUUAAUUGUCUUCUGGGAAAUUUGGCCCUGGUUUGAGUGUA